UCCUCAAGCCCGCUCCCUCCUACAAAUCCCGACGUGCACUGCGCCGCCCAGGGGCCCAAGGUAGCCGGGUCCCGCUCCCUCCUACAAAUCCCAGCGAGCACCGCGCCGCCCUGGAGUCGCCACCGGUGCCCACCCCCUUAAAGGGGCAGCUACUCCCAUCUGACCGUGUCUGCGGAGACGGCGAUCGGGAGAGGGGGGUCGGCGGCUCGGGGCGUCCCCGUGACCGGACCCGGUCCCUGUCCCUGCACCAGAGGCGGCCCCGCCGCCUGCGAAGGGAUGCGGGGAAGCCGCGUCCCUGUCCACCCUUCGCCACCCGGCCCCGGAGAGCCGGACCCAGGACGUGCGCGUCCGGAGCAUCCCGCUGAAAAUGUGUAUCUAAAAUGCAAGCUCAGCUUAGCAGAAAUCUGUGGCCUGCCUUGCCCUGUCCUCUAAAACUGGAUCAUGAAGGUAUUGGAAAGAAAUUACUUCUGGAUGUUGCUCCCAUUGCUUCAUUUGAUAGCAAAUGCUGCGGAACAUGAAGGGGUAGCGAAACACGCCAUCAAGUUACACCGCGGCAAGGGGGCAGCCAUCACGCAGAGGAAGCAGUGGGUCCUAGACAGCUGCAGGAAGCUCUCCGGGCUUCUCCGCCAGAAGACCGUGGUUCUCAACAAGCUGAAAAGCGCCAUCAGAGCCGUGGAAAAAGACACCGGCCUGUCGGAUGAGGAGAAGCUGUUCCAGGUGCACACGUUUGAAAUUUUUCAAAAAGAGCUGAAUGAAAGUGAAAAUUCCGUCUUCCAGGCUAUCUAUGGGCUCCAGAGAGCCCUGCAGGGAGAUUACAAAGACGUGGUGAACAUGAAAGAGAGCAGCCGGCAGCGCCUGGAGGCCUUGAGAGAGGCUGCCAUAAAGGAAGAGACAGAAUAUGUGGAACUUCUGGCAGCAGAAAAACAUCAAGUCGAAGCCCUUAAAAAUAUGCAACAUCAAAACAAAAGUUUAUCCAUGCUUGAUGAAAUUCUUGAAGAUGUAAGAAAGGCAGCUGACCGUUUAGAGGAGGAAAUAGAAGAACACGCUUUUGAUGACAAUAAAUCAGUCAAAGGCGUCAAUUUUGAGGCAGUUCUGAGGGUGGAGGAAGAAGAGGCCAACUCCAAGCAAAAUCUCACUAAGCGGGAAGUGGAAGAUGACUUAGGUCUUAGCAUGCUGAUUGACUCCCAGAACAACCAGUAUAUUUUGACCAAGCCCAGAGAUUCAACAAUCCCACGUGCAGAUCACCACUUCAUAAAGGACAUUGUUACCAUAGGAAUGUUAUCUUUACCCUGUGGCUGGCUAUGCACAACAAUAGGAUUGCCUACAAUGUUUGGUUAUAUUAUUUGUGGUGUACUUCUGGGACCUUCAGGACUAAAUAGUAUUAAGUCUAUUGUGCAAGUGGAGACAUUAGGAGAAUUUGGUGUGUUUUUCACUCUUUUCCUUGUUGGCUUAGAAUUUUCCCCAGAAAAGCUGAGAAAGGUGUGGAAGAUAUCCUUACAAGGACCAUGUUAUAUGACACUAUUGAUGAUUGCAUUUGGCUUAUUAUGGGGACACCUUUUACAGAUCAGACCCACUCAGAGCGUUUUCAUUUCUACUUGUUUGUCCUUAUCAAGCACACCCUUAGUGUCCAGAUUCCUCGUGGGCAGUGCCCGGGGUGAAAAAGAAGCAGGUGACCUUGACUAUAGUGCUGUGUUGCUUGGCAUGCUGGUGAUGCAGGAUGUACAGCUGGGGUUAUUCAUAGCUGUCAUGCCAACUCUUAUCCAAGCAGGAGCCAGUACAUACUCUAGCAUUGUCAUGGAAAUACUACGAAUACUGGUUUUGAUUGGUCAGAUUCUUUUUUCGCUGGCUGCUGUUUUUCUGUUAUGUCUUGUUAUAAAGACUUACCUUAUAGGACCAUAUUAUCGAAAGCUACAUAUGGAAAGUAAAGGGAACAAAGAAAUCCUUAUCUUAGGAAUCUCAGCUUUCAUCUUUUUAAUGUUAACGGUCACAGAGCUGCUGGAUGUGUCCAUGGAGCUGGGCUGCUUCCUGGCCGGAGCGCUCAUCUCCUCCCAAGGCCACAUGGUCACCGAGGAGAUUGUGUCUUACAUCGAGCCGAUCCGCGACUUCCUGGCGAUCAUUUUCUUUGCCUCCAUAGGGUUCUAAGCAACAAGUUACCAGCAUCUGUUUAAGAAGACACCUUUGCUUUUCUGCAUACGUAGCCCUCGAUGACAUGUAAAUGAAUGGUGGGGUCCUGUGCUUAGCAAACAUUCAUCGACCUCCUGCCCCAGCCAGGCCCUGUCAGAACCACAAAGAUGACCUGCAUCCAGCUGCACCAUCCAGCGCCCAUGAGCCACAUUCGGUUCUGGGUGAUAAGAGUGGGUCCUGGGGUCACAGCCACUAGCAAAUGGGAGUGAGGGACUCAGGCUGAGCUCCUGAGGAGAGGCCUCCUUAGAACAUCACAGCGAAGGGCAGUCUUCGGCCCAGAGUGCAGGGGGGCUUUUCCUGCUCAAGUGGGAGAGUGCUGGUCAUGUGGUUCUUGGAGGUGCCCUGAGGCAGUUGUCACAUGUCAAUGCUACCUAGCACCUUGCAGCCCUGGAUCCUGGCUCACUUUCCUAUCUGUGGGCCUGGUGUGUGUACGUAGUGACCACGAGGACAAUUGUUUAUAAACACGGGUACCUGCUUUACAUGUCAUGCUGUGUCCACUCACUGGCCAAAUCCACAACUACAGAUGAGGAAGCUGAGGCAGAGAGAGGGUAAGAGGCAUGCCAGCACCUACCGUUGGUUAGUGGUAGGCCCGGGAUUUUAGCCCAGAGCCUGUACGCUUUACCGUUGUGCUAGUCCAGGUACACAUUUGGUGUUUGUUGCAAGAAUGAGUGGCUUUAAGGAGAAAAACUAUAACAUGGCUUGCUUGCCCUCCUGUCACAGUUAUAUGUGGCAAAGCCAUUGUAACGUGGACUUCAUCUCCCUGCACUUUGUUAAUGUCACUAAGUCCUGGCUCCAGUCAGUUUGGUGUCAGCCUUGCUCUCUGCAUAAACAAACAGCACAACAGGAUGGUGCUCACAAGAAUUCUUCCCUCUAGUGAAACACGUCUGAGGAGCUUGAGAGUUAAUCGGUUUAUCAGUGAGAGGCAGGCGUGUAUUUGUUCGGAGAUGGGCUGUGUGAUCC